CCUCAUAUAAUUUUCCUGAGUGUGUCGCGCCACCAGUUUUUGGCAAUUGGAACACAGUGCGGGUGCUGAUUUAAUUGCUGCGUCUUAAUCGACCUGAGAAAUUGUGACCCCUUUCUGCGAGAAGGAAACAUCGGCGACAGUUGCUGCGAUGGCCCUUCCGGUGCUGCGAAUCGUCACUCUGCUAUUACUCGAGUUUGUGGCCACUUGUGUACAGAAGGAUGUCUCGGGAAUCGAUCCCAAAUUCAGUGCACCGAUUUCAAAUGUGACGGUUCCGGUCGGCCGGGAAGGCGUGAUGACGUGCACGGUUCACGAUUUACACAAAUAUAAGGUCGCCUGGCUUCGAGUGGACACUCAAACGAUACUGACAAUCGAAACGCUGGUAAUUACCAAGAGCGAAAGGAUCACCAUCACCCACACCGAACAGCGGAUCUGGCAGCUCCGAAUCAAGGACAUCAAGGAAUCGGACAAGGGCUGGUACAUGUGCCAGAUCAACACGGAUCCGAUGAAAAGUCAAAUGGGAUAUCUUAAUGUUGUUGUUCCGCCGGACAUUUUGGAUCACAAAACCAGCCAGGACAUGACCGUCCCGGAGGGAUCCAACAUCAGUCUGACCUGCGUGGCGACUGGAGUUCCCGAGCCGACGAUCGUGUGGAAACGAGCCGGCGAAAAGGCACUGGCCGUGAUGGAGAACUCAGGAAUUACCACCCACGACGGAUCCGUUUUGAAUAUCUACAACAUCCAAAGGCACAAUGCCGGAGCGUACCAUUGCAUUGCUUCCAACGGUGUCUCGCCAACCGUGAGCAAACGGAUCAUGGUUACAGUAGACUUUGCCCCGAUUGUACGGGUGCCAGUCCGACUACAUACCGCCGAAAUAGGCCAGCGGGUUUCGCUGGAAUGCUUUGCCGAGUCUCACCCGGAUCCAAUUACCUAUUGGAUGCGGGGAAAGGGUGAAAUCAUUCUACCGGGUGUCAGCGAAAUGAAGCAAUUUGCCGAAAAUGUAUUCAAGGUAGCGUUGCAAAUCGGCAUUCACCUGCAGAAGAAUAGUGACUUUGGAAUCUACAAAUGCGUGGCCAAAAAUGAACUGGGAGUUGCGGAGGAGACUGUCAAAAUCCAAAAACGAAUUAGUAAAAUCACCAUCCUGGAUGAAUCUUCGGCGAUAGUCCUGGACGAGACACCAGCGAACAGUAAAGAAGCUACCGUCAGCCAGCAAAAUAAGUUUCGAGAUCUUAUACUGAGAGCGCAGAACUCGGCUUCCUUCCAACCGGCACAGCAGCGACUUCCGGUGCUUUUGCUUCUUGUGCUUGCGGUGCUCGUUUGCGUUCGAAGCUCCUGAUUGAUGAUGUCCGGACAGGAACUGAUAUCAAAUUCUUAUACGAACUAUUAACUCUAGUGCUGAUGAGGGCAUCUUUGCUGAAAUAUACGACCUAAAACUGUUAACAUUACAAUAUGAACUAACCGUUACGAGACACUUGCCACUGAGAUACGAUGUUAAGUUGUAUAUAAAAAAAAACUAAUAUAAGCUUA